UCAGCACAACGGGAAAUGUGAUUCAACUAUUUCUUUGUGUUGUUCUUUGCAAAGCCUUUGCGUUACCAUGGGUACAAGCAGCGAGGAGCUCCACAGCUGAAGUUCUUCCUUUCAGAUGGGGUUCCCUGAUUGCUGGGGAGGAUCUGAAGAGGAAUUUGGAUAACUAGAACAUUGACACUCAAUGUAAACCCAUCCCGUAUGCUACAAUGGUGUCUCUUUAAUUCGUUUUCAUGUGGGUUGCGUUGGUUGAUCAGUGUGCGAACACUACAUCUGAUGUGAGGUUAGUUUUGGAACCAUUGUCUAAGCUGUCUUUGCUUUAUAGUGUGUAAACUGUGGCAUGUGCCUGGGAUUAGGACAUUUCAUUGAGGAUUUUAGCAGCACCCCGAUGGUUAUAUGCUUGGAAAGAAAACUUCAUGGCCUGAACUUCAAGGAACACUUUGUUUGCUGGGACAUUUUCAGUUUGCAGGUAUGAGCUGAAAGAUGUUCCAGUUCAUCCGGAAACAGAUUCACAAUCACCUUGUGGAGCGAAAAAUUAGGAGAACUCGUCUGGUUACAAAGGAUGGCCACUGCAACAUUAAAUUUGGGACUACUGAAUAUCACAACCAUUUUGCUUUCCUCAUGGACUUCUGGACUACAUUUGUUGAGAUUCGCUGGUGUUUUGUAAUUGUUUUAUUUGCCGCUGCCUUCACAGGAAGUUGGUUCAUUUUUGGUUUGCUUUGGUAUUCGAUUGCAAAAAAUAAUGGAGACUUAGAUGUUCUCCAGAACUCAUCUGAAUCCCAGCAGCUGAAAUGUGUAGAUAACAUUAACAGUCUCACGACCGCCUUCUUGUACUCUUUAGAGACCCAGACGACUAUUGGCUAUGGCGGUCGGGCUCUCACGGGUCACUGCCCAGGCACAGUCGCCCUCUUGAUCAUCCAGUCCCUCAUGGGCGCCAUCAUAAACUGCUUUAUGUGUGGACUCAUAUUGGCAAAGAUCUCUCUCCCGAAGAGAAGAGCAAAGACGGUAACCUUCAGCGAAACAGCAGUCAUUUGUCUUUGGAAGGGGAAUCUGUGCCUCCAGAUACGUGUGGCCAACCUACGAAAAACUCUUCUUAUUGGCAGCCACAUUUAUGGAAAGCUUCUCCGAACCACCAUCUCUCCAGAGGGGGAAACCAUCAUACUGGAUCAGGUGAAUAUUGACUUUUUGGUGGAUGCUGGAAAGGACAACCUGUUCUUCGUUUGUCCACUUACCCUGUACCAUGUGAUCGACAUAUCCAGCCCGUUUUCCGAAAUGGCUGCGGAUACUCUUCAGCAGCAGGACUUUGAAUUGGUGGUCUUCCUGGAUGGAACGGCUGAAUCCACCAGCUUGUCCUGCCAAGUCCGAACUUCCUACCUUCCACGGGAGAUCAAGUGGGGUUACAACUUCCUGCCUGUCAUCUCUCGCACCAAAGGUGGGAAAUACCGUGUCGACCUGUCCAACUUUUCCAAAACAGAGCCAGCGGUGACCCCGCACUGCGCUUGCUGUUUUCUCAACGAACAUAACAAGGAGCUCAUUCUCCACCGACACGAGCGUGAAGGCAUCGAUAAUCUGGGAUUUGAUGUUAUUGACUUUCAAGACUCUGUUGAUGUAACUGAGAAGAGUGAUUAAGAGUUUGCUGCAACUGGUUAAAUAUGCAGUAAACAGCCUGUGAUAUGGUGGCAUUUUGUACUGUAAAAGUUAGAUGCCACAUAAAAGAACAGAGAGGAAGAGGAGGACUUGCUAUAUUAUGUUCCGUGACAGACAAAUUGGCUGUGUUCCAAAACCUAGUGAGCUGUCUGUGUUGGCAGACUUUUAAGAAAUCAUAAGCAUUUCUGACACAAAGCCUGAUCCAAAAGGUAGCGAUUGUAAAAACAAGAUGCCUUGUUUUAAACAAACUGUCAAAACAAAAGACAACCAAGAUGGUGGAUACAUUGAGAGUAUUUUGCUAAUUGUUUUUCGCAAUUUAGUCAUUUUUCUUUGGCUAAAAAUUUCAGAAGAACAGCAUUCAAAAUAGAAAUCUCUUGUAACAUUAUGGAAGUCUCUUGUCAUUUUCAAAAAAAAAAUAAAACUUGACCGGUUAUUUUUGUAUAAUAUAUUCAUAUAACUUUGCAACAUGUAAAUGGAAAACUACGCAGUACCAUCUGCAUGAUGCACAGACUUGGUGGCUAUACAGUUGACAUGGCUCCGCCUACCUGUGGGUGAAAACAAACCCCAAUUACCAUAGUGACCCAUUAGGUUCUAAGGGGAAAAUUAAGACAAACGCACAUGCACAUUUUCAGAUGUUUGAUUGCACAUGCAUCUCACUUCCUGUCAAUGAAUUGCUUUUAAUUACAACAGUCUUCUUUUUUACUGUUCAAUUUUAUUCAGUUGAAAAGUAUCAGGAUUUUUCUUCUUUCAUUUGAACUGUGCGAAACCAGAAGAAAAUGUUUCUGAAUUAUGUAUUCAUGCCAAAUCUAUUGGAUAUUUUUCUUUUGUUCCCCCACACUUAAUCAAACCUUAAGUGUAUAACUCUGAAACCCCCAUAGAGCAUUUCAAAUAGUCACUUAUGAGGUUCCUAUUGUUAGAAUCCUUCCUUAGAAUGCAGGCGUCUUUGUAGACAUCAAAGCAGCUCAAAUAGGUUUUGGAAAACAGCCAAUAUGUGCAUGUGUGUAAAAUAUUACUUCGUUUUUUAUUCUGUUUCAUAAAGAUCUAACUUCUAACAGAAUCACUGGAGAAGUUUGGGGAGCUCCAUUAGAGUAAGUUCUUUAAGUGCUCUUUGAUUGCAGACAUUGACAAGAGUCGCCUGCUGAGUGUUCAUUGGCGGAUUAGAGCACAAACCAAAUUAGACUAAGGAGAGGCAUAAAAAGAGUAAGUGGAACCCAGUUCCCCCUGCCCCAACAUAUGUUACUAAAUAAUUAAUAUGAUAAUAUUAUUAAUGUAUUAAAGCAUUAAAAUAAUUCAAGACCAGAGAGAGUCCUUUAUGUCAUAAGCAAUUUCACACACCUUUCGAGAGUAGAUGCGAACUGAGAAUGUGAUUUUUCUAAUUGCCUUGUAAACAUUUUUGCUGUGCAGAUUAAAAAGGACUAACCUAUAAAGGACUCAUUCACUCUGAACUGAGUGGCUUUUAGAAGGUCAUAACAUUUUAG